AUGGCGACGACCGACGCGAUAUCUCAGGAGCAUGACCGUCAAGGUCAGCGUAGGAGACCCUUCACGACAUGGGUGAAGAAGCUCACAAACUUCAAAUCAUCCGACGGCGAGCGCCACAAGCGGCACAAGAAGCGCACGCACAAGAAGAACAACCCGUACCCGGAAUCUGGCCAUGUUGGCAAUGACGUCCCUGACGGAACGAGCGCCUGCACCUUCACCACCACCCACACCGGCACAAGUAACACCAGCGUAAACGCCUCGGCCCGAGUUUCGACGGAGAAUCAGGCUCCGCCAACGGUAGGGAGGAGGAGCUUAGCGGGCACCGUGUUGACGGACCAUGAGGCGUCGCGAUCCAUCACGGCGCCCAGCCACGGCGCAAGCUCCUUGGCUGGGACGAGCCGUACCGUUGGCGGAGGGGUUGAAUCCAGGAGGGGGGGAGACAGCACCUUUUCAAGUCCUGCGCCAUCAGUGCGAUCUUUGACGACGACCUUGACCACGAUUCAAUCGAUGGCACCCAACGGCGCUGGGCAAGGCCAUAACAAUGGCAAUGCCCAGAACCAGAGCACCACCCAGUCUAUCCAGUUCAGCCAGCCCUUCCCCACGACUGCAACGCCAGCAUCCGCGAUCCCAGCCCAUCUGGCCCCGACCGGCAACCCAACAACCUAUACCUCGGCUACUGCUAAUAACCUUUUGACCGACAACGCAUCCAUCCUCACACUAGCAUCAUCAAGCAAGCGACGUCGUCGACGAUCUCUGGAUACGGAUGCCUCUGUACGGGCUCUUGCCCCUUCAUCCCUCUGGGGUGGUAGUCGUGAAAGCUUGCCUCUCAGUGUUUUGAGCGCCAACAUUGAUGCCACAGGCAUGCCACCGACACCUGGGCUUCACGGCGGGCCACGCAUGGGUACUGAACGUACCAGCAUUUACUCGGCUACAGGUGUUGGGCCAGCGAUUUCUAGUGACCGGAACAGUUUCUACGCCAAGCAAGGAGACGGUGCCAGUGUGAGGAGCGGUUUGCUAGGACAUGGACGAGCCGACAGUGUGAGUGGGAGCAUCGGCGGCUUGAGCAGCCCUCUGAUCACUCCACGAGAGGUGCUUGGCGAGAAGAAUGAGAAGGAGGAGAAGGAUAAUACCCCCACGACUCCGGCUACUAAGGAGGAGUAA